AUGGCUAUCACUACCUGCACUCAGAUAAUGGCUAUCACUGCCUGCACUCAGAUAAUGGCUAUCACUAUUGUAUUAGAUAAUGGCUAUCACUACCUGCACUCAGAUAAUGGCUAUCACUGCCUGCACUCAGAUAAUGGCUAUCACUGCCUGCACUCAGAUAAUGGCUAUCACUACCUGCACUCAGAUAAUGGCUAUCACUGCCUGCACUCAGAUAAUGGCUAUCACUGCCUGCACUCAGAUAAUGGCUAUCACUACCUGCACUCAGAUAUGGCUAUCACUACCUGCACUCAGAUAAUGGCUAUCACUGCCUGCACUCAGAUAAUGGCUAUCACUGCCUGCACUCAGAUAAUGGCUAUCACUGCCUGCACUCAGAUAAUGGCUAUCACUGCCUGCACUCAGAUAAUGGCUAUCACUGAUUGUAUUAGAUAA